AUGGCCAAGAAUGCAGCCAAGAAUGCGGCCAAACCCCCCAGAAAUAAUGUCAAAAACACGGCCAAAGCUCCGCGCGGCAAGACGGCCAAAGCUCAGGCCAACAACCCGGUCAAGCGCAAGACUGUCAGGAUGAGUAACAAGGACGCAGCCGAUGCGGACGACGAGUCGGAUGUCGACAACACAGUCAAGACUCGUCUCGACAAUGUCAUCGAGACUCAGGGUGAGGACAGCGCCGGAACAGGCACCAUCAAGUACACUAUCAUCCUCGUCGCCAUGCUCUCCUUUAUCCUAUGCGGCGCCUUCUUCGCCGUCGUUGCCGUCCCCAAAGACGAGACAAAAGGCCGGCUGUGCGCCUUACAAUAUGAUAUUCACUCGGUGUACGGGCGCCAUCGUUCGGCGUACGACAUCAUCGGGGUUACCAUCAGUGACACAGCAAAAAACAUCAUGGACUCAUAUCCAAUGCAAAUUGGCAAGACGGUCGAGCGAGACCCGGAAGACGACGGCGAGUUCAAUCGGCGCAUGGCCGUGGUCAACGCCGCAUCACUGGUGCUUCUCUCGCACAAGGAGCGCGGGCGGUAUAAUGUGGAGAUAUACGGCCCAUCCGGGCUCGCCGAACUGGAUGGUGUCGAGAAGAGGCUCGAGUAUGCGCAGCGGGCGCAGAAUCAGAAGGCUUGUAUGAAGGAGGGAGAGAUGGCAGAGGCCAUGCAGGCUGAUGUGGAUGCGAGGUUGCGUGAGGUGUGCAAGGGGUAUGUCCCAGGCGAGUUCCAUGUUUGA